AUGCUAGAGCCGACCUCCUACCUCCUGGAAGUGCCCAUCGGCGAUGGCGCAAUGCCCGUGUCCGUUGCGGCGGGCUGGGUCGGUCUGAUCUGGUAUAUUACCGUGCUGGUAGUCUGUGCCUUGGGCUAUUCUCAGAUUUGGCGAUACUUCUUGCGACGACCCCGACGUUCGUCUUUAGCCGCUAAUCCCAACGCUGCUCAUGUCACGGCCAUUCGACCGGUGAAGGGCCUCGAGCCACAUCUGUACGACUGUCUUGCGGCCACCUUUCGUCAGGACUACCCGCGUGACAAGCUUACCGUCUGCCUCUGCGUGGCCACGCGCGACGACCCAGCCUAUCCGACCCUUUGCAAGCUACUUGCCGAUUUUCCCGAUGUCGAUGCGCGUGUAUAUGUCGAAGAGGAGGAUCCAUUGUUGCAGGGGAAUGGCCCUGAGGCCUACGCGCUUGGACCCAAUCCGAAGAUUCGGAACAUGAGUCGCGCGUACCGUGAAGCGAAGGGCGAUAUCAUUUGGAUCAUCGACUGCAAUGUCUGGGUUGGAAAGGGCGUUUGUGGUCGCAUGGUGGACCGACUUUGCGGAACAGGAGCCACUUCAGGCAAGAAGUUCAAGUUUGUACACCAUCUGCCCGUCGCGGUGGACGUCACAGGCGAGAACAACUUGAGUGGAGAGCGACAAGCAUUGUUAGACGCACGUCCAAAUGCUACCGUACCGAGGGCCGCGGAGCUGUCUUUGACGUCAAGGCGACCAGAAGAUGGGUUCACGAGCACCAUUGAAACGGGCGGCGGCCGUCUGGAAGAGCUGUUCCUUUCCUCGUCGCACGCCAAGAUGUACACGGCCAUCAACACGGUCCUCAUUGCGCCAUGCAUUGUAGGCAAGUCCAACAUGUUCCGUCGCUCUCAUCUGGACUACCUCACAGCUCCGGUUCCGGGAGAUCGCAACCCUCGACGCCCUGGUGUUGACUACUUCUCGGACAAUAUUUGUGAGGACCACUUGAUCGGUGACUUGCUUUGGCGUAAGAAGAUCCGGGAAGAGAAGGAACUCGGCGAGCGUUGGGGCAAACACGCCAUGGUUUUUGGUGACCUGGCAAUCCAGCCCGUAGCCAACAUGAGUGUAAGAGGGUACAUUGCUCGUCGAGUGCGGUGGCUCCGCGUCCGCAAGUUCACCGUGCUUCUUGCGACACUCGUCGAGCCAGGCACCGAGUCCUUUGUCUGCUCAACUUACGGCGCGUGGGGCAUCACAACCGCGCUGGCACCUUACCUCGAGCAGAAGGGAUACUCGUUUGCCGCUGGACUCGCGACCUGGACCUCAUUCUUCGCCAUUUUUGCGCUGAGCUUAGCGUUCUGGAUUCUCGUCGACUGGACUCUGUACAUCAAACUGCAUUCGGCAAAGGCCAUCGAGGUCGACGAUGACACCCCCGUUUUCGCACGGCCUAAUCGCCGCCCUUCUCAAGCCACACGUCGCCCGUUCCUGCAGUGGUUGGCCGCCUGGCUUGGUCGUGAACUUCUGGCCUUGCCUAUCUGGAUUAUAGCAGUCUAUGGCGGCGUCACGGUUGUCUGGCGAGACCGGCGGUUCAAGGUUGGAUUUGACGCCAAGGUCCGUGAGAUUGACACCGACAAUGCGGUGCCAUCGGAGGGCUCAUACUCAACUGGGUCUGUUGUAGAUUGGUUUCCUGUGUCGCCGCAAAGCAACGGUGGUGUGACAGGGAAAGUUCGGCGUGACUGA